AUGGCGUGCGUCGUCGUCGGGAUCGCGACGAUGGACGUAGUGCACCGCAUUCCGGGCUACCCCGACGAGGACACCAAGACGCGCAUUCGAGCGACGCGCAAAGCUCGCGGCGGCAAUGGCACCAACGUUCUGAUUGUCAGCGCGCAGCUGGCGUGCUUCGCCUCGUACCACUGGAUUGGGAGCCUCGUGGAUCCGUCAACCAACGCAGAUGCGCGCUUCAUCGUUGACGACCUCUCAGCGCACGGCGUGUACACGUCGUCCUGCCAAGUCCAUGCGUCUGGCUCGAUGCCCACGUCGCACAUUCUGCUGAGCGAUGCAAAUGGAUCGCGUACGAUCUUUCAUCACCGCGAGCUGCCCGAAGUGAGCGACGAGCAUGUUGCGACGGCGCUCGCAACGCUCGUGGAUGUUGCGUGGAUCCAUUUCGAAUGCCGGGAGGCGCAGAGUCAGCUCCGUAUGAUCCGCAUCGCCCGCGCGACGCAGCCACACGCCACCAUCUCGCUCGAGGUCGAGGGCCCGCGCCACGCCUGGGACGACGUCCAGCCGCUCCUUUCGCACGCUACCUACGCCUUCAUCGCUCAAGGCUACGUCACGUCGCUGGGCUAUGCCACCGCACGUGACUUCUUUCAUGCGCUGGCAACCACCGCCACGAGCGAGCUUCGCGCAGUCGUGGUACCGUGGGGAUCGGAUGGUGCGUUCGUCUGGUGCACGGCGACGAACUGCAUGGACCAUGUGCCGGUGGAUCCGAUUCCAAAGCCGCUCGACACAGUCGGGGCCGGCGACACGCUCGUGGGGGCGACCAUCUCGGCGCUUGGCGCUGGACUCGCGAUUCAAGACGCCGUGGCCAUUGGCUGCCGUGUGGCGCGGACCAAGUGCCUCCAGAUCGGACUGGAGUUUGAGCCCACGACCCUCGACACGUUCAGAGACGACGUAGUACGUUCGCUGCGCCGUAGUACUAUGUAA